CUUAUUGCAGUAAAUAUAUCAUUUACACAGAAUGAAAAGUUUUCUGCUUUACGCCUGUUUUCUAAUAAUCGCUUUUCAGCCGUCUAACUUAAUAGAAGUAAAAAAAUUCAAACAUGUAAUAGAAACUUUGCAUGAUGACAUUGAAGCUUGCAUGAUUGAAAAUAAUGUGACUGAGACUGAUAACUACAAUCUGGAAGACUUUGCCAAUGAUGUACACACCCAACCAGAAAAUGAAGAAAGAACAAGAAGACUUGGAUGCUGGGUUGCGUGUGUCUUAAAAAGACAGAAUUUAAUGGAAGAUUCAAACAUUAAGGAACCACAAAUUCAUGUAAGAAUAAAUUUAGAGUAUGGUGAUAUUCCUGAUGAAGCCAUUAUUCACGAAAUUGCGCGUAAAUGCAUGAAACAAGUGAGAAAUGUUACGCAAGAAUGUAAGAAAAGCAUAUCCCUAAUUGCAUGUGGUGCAAAAGCUGUAUAUGAGGAACAAAGACAUAGACAACUUGAAAUAGAAGAAGCAGAAGGAAAAGCAGAAGUAGAACAAACCGUAUAAAUACAAUCAAAUGCAAAAAUUAUCCGUAUAAUUACUAAUAUAUACAAAACUAUAAUUUAUAAUCAGUAAUAAGAUAUGUACGAGUAGUAAGAUAGAUUUGUAUUAAUUU